UGGGGCAGGGUGAGCCUGGCCGUCUACUUCUCCCUGCUGGACGAGAAGGCCACCAACGUCCCCUUCGUCCUGGUGGGCGCCGGCACCGUCGUCGUCCUCCUGGGCACCUUCGGCUGCUUCGCCACCUGCCGCGGCAGCACCUGGAUGCUCAAGCUGUAUGCCAUGCUCCUGUCCCUCAUCUUCCUCAUCGUCCUGGUGGCCGCCAUCGUGGGGUUCGUCUUCAGGCACGAGAUUAAGACAAACUUUGAGAGCAACCUCAACCUGGCCUUGAGGGACUACAACGUGACCGCGGAUCGGCAUAGCGAGGCCGUCGACACCAUCCAAAGAACCCUGCACUGCUGUGGGGUGCAGAACUACUCUGACUGGGAGAGGACCGAGUACUUUACCCAGAGGGGCAUCCCCCGGAGCUGCUGCAAGAGCCAGGAUGACUGCUCAGAGGAGGAUCUGAAAGACCCAAGCAAAGCCAAGCUGAAAGUGUUUGUGGAUGGCUGUUUUUUCCUGGUAACGUCAACAAUGGAGUCAAAAAUGAGCGUUGUGGCUGGAAUCUCCUUUGGCAUUGCCUGCUUCCAGUUGGUUGGCAUCAUUCUCGCCUGCUGCCUGUCCCAGUACAUCACAAACAAUCAGUACGAGAUGGUGUAG